AUGGAUAUGAACAACAUGGAAGGAAAGGUAGACCAGAUGUUGGAGGCUAGGCUAGCCCAAUCAAAGAACAAUUUUCAACAUGGUGUCACAGAGAAUGUUGGUUCCUCAUCAGGCUUUACUGUAAUUACCAACCCAAUGUAUGACCCUCUGUCUGACUAUAAUCCUCCACAAGUGAACAUUCCUACUCAAUCCCAGUUGAUGCCAUUGACCAAUCCUGAUGUUGAAAGGCUUCAUGCUCUUGAGGAGAGAGUCCGAGCAAUGGAUGUGAAUGACAAUUUUAGGCUUGAUAUGUGCUUAGUACCAGGCCUAAUAAUCCCCCCGAAAUUCAAAUUACCCAACUUCGAGAAGUAUAAAGGGGAUAGUUGUCCAAGGCACCAUUUGGUGAUGUUUUUCCGAAAAAUGGCGUCACAUACUCACGAUGACAAACUGAUGAUUCACUGUUUUCAAGACAGUUUGAUUGGAGCAUCAUUGAGCUGGUAUAUGAAAUUGAAAAGAAGCCAUAUUCAGUCAUGGGAAGACUUAGCCAAUGCUUUUUUGAAGCAGUACAACUACAACUUAGACAUGGCUCCAGACCGAAGGCAGCUGCAAAGCUUAUCCCAAAAGAGAGACGAAUCUUUCAAAGGAUAUGCACAACGAUGGAGAGAAUUGGCAGCCCAAGUGCAACCACCACUCUUGGAUAAGGAAUUGGUUGACUUAUUUAUGGAUACCUUGCAGAGUCCUUACUUUGAAAGGAUGGUAGGCAAUGCGUUAUCAGACUUCGCCCACUUAGUGACAAUUGGAGAACGCAUCGAGAGUGCCCUCAAAAGCGGAAGAAUCCAAGGCGCCUCGAGCAACCAAGCUAGCGAGACAAAAUCCCUCAGCAAUUCCCAAAAGGAAGAAGAGGAUGAAACCAAUGCAGUCAUAAUAGAUGCCAGGCAACCGGCAACGCCGAGAGCACCAUACCAGCAACCAUGGUCGGUAGGGCACUCGACUGAAGACUGCAACGCUUUCAAAGCCAAGGUUCAACAGUUGAUUGACAAAAAGUACAUAUGCUUUCCAGACGGAAAUCUGUUGGUGCACGUCAACCUCUCGUCUGAAUAA